AUGCUAUUCCAGUGGUGCUUCCAUGGCCACUGGACACUUCUUACCUCUAUCUCUCUCCUCGCCCUCCCUCUCUCUCUGUUCCUCCUCUGUUUCCUCUUCCACCGCCGUCUCCGAAAUGACGAAGUUUCAUUACCCCCAACUCAACGAACUGAAGAACGAGAAGAAGAAGAAACAGCUUCUUCCUCCAUGGUCUCUUCGUCGGAAGAUGAUGGUCAUCACGGCGAUUCCGGGUCGAAUCAGAAGAGGGAGUUUGUCAUUUGUGCGGUGUGUGCGUCAAGACUUGUUGUCUCCGGGCCGAAUCGGACGUGGGCUCCGGCGGCGGCCAUUGAAGAGGGGCGAUUGAAACGAGAACAGGGUGAUUUUGUUGUCUGUGCUUCGAGUCUGGCCGCUUCCUCUGGUGGGAACGGGAAAACAGGGGAGGAAAAGGAAGCUGAUUUUGUCGUUUGUACAUCUAGAUUGGCUGAACAGAGUGGUGGGGAUGAAACAGGGGAAGAGAAAGCCGCCAUUGAUGACGGUAAAUCAAGGAAGAAGGUAGGCUUCGCCAUUCGUGAUGGUAAAUCAAGCUCCUCGGUAUCGGCAUCCAUAAUUGAUCAGGUCGAAUCGAGCCAGAAGCAAGAACUCGUCGUACGGACGUCGAAAUCGGCCGUUCAAAUCGGUGGGAUGGGAACAGAGGCGGCUAUAAUCAAUGGCCAGGAAACUAAUCCAAAUGAAGAAGAAUUGGGUCCAGAUGGUAACCAAGAAUCUGCUGUUGACGAAUUCUUCAGCUGCGUUUCGAGCAUGGUUCCAAUUGUUACUGGUGGGUCCGAAGCAGGGGCCGCCAUUGAUCUUGUUCGAUUGAGCAUAGGGGAAGUAGAAGAAGAAGGAGAGUUGGGAUCUUGUUCGAAGCUGUUAAUGGCUAUUGAUGAUGAAGAUGACGAUGAUGAACAACAUCAGGAAGAAAAGGAGGAAUCUUUAGUCGUUAAUGCCUCUAGCUUGGCGCCGGGGAUGGUAAGUGGUGGUUAA